AUGCCCUCCUAUUCAAUUUAUGAAGAUUUGAAUGUUGUAUCGUCAUGUAUGCAGGGAGGAGAUACUAUAGAUCCAUCGUCGUGUAUGGAUUGUAAUGCAGACGAUGAACUUAUCCAUAACAUUCAUCAUCAUCAUCACCAUGAAUCGUUUUAUAAUAUUCAAAAAACCACCUUUUCUUCCUCCACUGCUGGCAGCAAGAUGAUUAUGCCAACAACAGCCAACAACCUCUCCUAUUCCUCCUCAAAAUCUUACCAUCUAUUAAACACAACGACAUCUACUACCACUUCUCAUACAAAACAAGCAACCACACUCGGUUUUAUUGAUUUGAAUGUACAUUCCUCGUUGCUCUCUUUUGGAGACAAUAAGGAAAACAUUGAUCCAAUGACUGGUCGAGUUUAUCCUGUACUACAACCACUCUCCAUGAAGAGCAAAUCCUCCAACAAUCCACAUCUCCAAAGAAAUCCUCUCAAAGACAUCACGCAACAAGUUCUGGGUGUCAACAGAAAACAAAGCAACACUUUUUCCACACCAACAAGUUCCGAAAAGAACUCUGCAAAUAGAAAGUUGCCUGGUUCUCGAUCUUCUGGUAAUCCUCUUUCACCAUCUGCUCUGUACCUCCGUUAA